AUGCGAGAAGUGUGGUUUGUGCCCUUUGUGAAUCCUGAUGGUUAUGUGGCAAAUCAGGGCCUUCGCAACAAGGUUAUCAGGAAGAAUAGAAGACCAACCUGUCGGUCUUCAAAGAAUGGAGGUGUUGACUUGAACAGGAACUUCGGCGUACAUUGGUCCAGCGGAUUCGAUGGCUGCAACGAGGAGCAUGGUGGAAAGCAACCGUUCUCUGAGCCGGAGACCCAAGCGCUGAAAACAAUUUGCGAGGAUAACAGUUUCAAGACGGCCAUGAACUUUCACGCCUAUGGCAGCAUGCUGACUCACCCGUACAACUGGGCCAACACAGACUUGCUGCCUGCUGAAGACAAAGCCGUUUACAAGGAGAUUGCUCGAGUGUUUGGCUUCAAGAAGUUCGGGACGGCAAUUCAGACAGUGGGCUACACAACCACUGGCGAGUCUGACGACUGGAUGUAUUCCGCGAGGCACAUUAUCUCAAUGUCGCCGGAGGUGGGUCCUGAGAGUGGUGGCUUCUGGCCACCACGAUCAGAGAUUGCUGGCAUCAACUCUCGCAACUUUGAUCGGACCUCGUAUGUGGUCCUAAAGGCUGGAAUGGAGCUGAUGGUAGAGGGAGUGUGGAGCUUAACUUGUCAAUGA